AUGGACGGAGCCGGGCUGGGCGUCACCGCCUGCGCCGCGGCCGCGGGGCUGCUGCUCUACCGCAUCGCGAGGAGGAAGAAGCCCACGCACGUGCCAGUGAACUGCUGGUUCUGCAAUCAGGACACGGUGGUGCCCUACGGGAACCGCAACUGCUGGGACUGCCCCAACUGCGAGCAGUACAACGGCUUCCAGGAGAAUGGAGACUAUAACAAGCCCAUCCCUGCCCAGUACAUGGAACACCUUAACCACGUCGUGUCGGGCAGUCCGACUUUCUGUGACCCUGCCAAACCACAGCAGUGGGUGAGCAGCCAAAUUCUGCUCUGCAAGAAAUGCAACAACCAUCAAACCAUGAAAAUCAAACAGCUGGCUUCAUUCUCACCAAGGGAGGAGGGCAAGUACGAUGAGGAGAUUGAGGUGUACAGGCACCACCUGGAGCAGACCUACAAGCUGUGCCGCCCGUGCCAGGCUGCUGUGGAGUAUUACAUCAAGCACCAGAACCGGCAGCUGCGCGCGCUGCUGCUCAGCCACCACUUCAGGCGCCGGGACACCGACAAGAGCUACAGCCAGAAUUUGUGUUCAUCUUCCACUUCCAUCACCACGCCAGCUCAGGUGAUUCUUCUGCGGAUUCUGGCCUUCCUCAGCUGUGCAUUCCUGGUUCUGAUGGCCUUGUACGGCUCAGGCGACCCCUUCUCCCUCGGCACAGCUGUCCCUGCUCCUGUCCCUGCUGGCCCUGAGUCCAUGUGGAACAGGACAGGCACCAGCCCCGCUGAGGGCAGGGACAAGGACAGUGGCAGUGGUAGCUCGGGGCGGGGCUGGCGGGAGCUGCUCCUGCUGCUCCCGGAGCACCUGCUGGAGAACCUGAGUGCGGCGUGGGCCUACGGCAAGAAUCACCAGAUGGCAGUGGCUGUGCUGGGGCUCUUCACCUGCCUGCUGGCCAUGCUCCUGGCUGGGCGCAUCAGGCUCCGGCGAAUCGACGCGUUCGCCUCAGUGCUGUGGUUCGUGGUGAUGGGUCUGCACCUGGCCGAGAGGUACCUGAAGACGGACACGCCCAGCUGGCUGGACACGGCCAAGUUUGGCACCACGUCCCUGUGCUGCCUGGUGGGCUUCACGGCAGCCGUGGCCACGCGGAAGUCAACGGGCCAGCGGAGACUCCGGCCCCGAAGGUACCUCUCUGGGGACUCCAUCACCGUCUUUCCCAGCAGCCCUGGCACAGCCUUCCCCUCACCUGCUACGUCUCUGUUUGUCCCAACACCACCCAGUAUCUUCCACCUGACAAACCAGCAGCUCUUCAGGUCCCCACGCAGAACUUCCUCAUCCUCUCUUCCCGGCCGUCUCAACAGGGCACUCUCACUGGGCACCAUCCCCUCGCUGGCCCGGGCAGAUUCUGGCUACUUGUUCAGUGGAAGCCGACCAGCCUCGCAGUCAUCCCAGUCCAAGGAAUCCCCUCCAUCAGAUCCCUUCUCCCUGCUGGCCGGCAGCCGUGCCCCCUCCCGCAUCCCAUCCCCGGCUCCGUCCGUGGCCGGCUCGGUCACCUCCAGCUCGGGGUCCCUGCGCUUCCGCCGGCCGCUCAUCAGCCCCGCGCGCCUCAACCUGCAGGGACAGAAGCUGCUGCUGUUCCCGGCGCAGAGCGAGGCCCUGCUGACCCCGAGCGGCUCCGAGGAGCACACCCCCUCCGACAACCACGCCUUUGCCCCCGAGCUGCCCGGCUUCCCCAGGAAAAACCUCCUGGAGCGGGGAGUGCCAGAUAUGAGAUCUGCUGUGGAAGGGGGGAGUAUUUGCAGUGAUAAUUCCAUCAAAAAGGAGGAUCACUCAUCACACUCAUCUACCUGUGUGGUAGACACAACUACCAAAGGGGAGGAUUUGGCUGGCUGGAGAGGUCGCUGUGGUACCUCUGCUCUCCGGGGCCUGCUCGCCCUCAGCCUGACCCUCAAUGCUGUGUUCACAUCAGCCUAUGUCUACAGGAGCCUGCGCUGA